ACACAAAAGACUGUUUCUUGCUUUCGAUACUGUGUAAAAGAGUAACGCGAGCGGUUACCCACUUGUAUCUAUUUACAUCUUAAGACAAAAUGGUGUUGAGACCAGUCAUAUCCAAGCUGCACGGCAAACUAGUUGUUCUGGCCAGUGGAUCUCCAAGGCGACAAGAGAUUUUGACCAACAUAGGUUUACAGUUUGAAGUGGUGCCCUCUUGGUUUAAAGAGACUUUGGACAAGGCCUUGUUUAAAAUGCCCCAUGAAUACGCAGUGGAGACGGCAAAGCAAAAGGCCAUGGAAGUAGCUCGGAGAAUGCCACAUAAACACCUGAAAAAACCAGAUGUAGUAAUUGGGGCAGACACUGUUGUGACAGUGGAUGGUUUAAUUCUGGAAAAGCCUAUGGAUAAGCAAGAUGCCUACUGCAUGCUGUCUAGAUUGAGUGGAAAAGAGCACAGUGUAUUUACAGGAGUGGUCAUAGUCCUCUGUCAUGAAAGAGAGGGAGGGGACAUAGAACACAAAGUGGUGGACUUUUAUGAGGAGACGAAGGUGAAGUUUGCAGAGCUGUCUGAGGAAAUGCUUUGGGAAUACAUCAACAGUGGAGAGCCCAUGGACAAGGCAGGCGGUUAUGGGAUACAGGCAUUGGGUGGCAUGCUAGUGGAAUAUGUGCAAGGAGAUUUUCUUAAUGUGGUGGGCUUCCCAGUAAAUCACUUCUGCAAACAGCUGGGAAAGAUUUACAACAGUUCACCUGAGAGCCCUGCUCGUAAGAUACUGCACAGUAAGAAUGUAGCGUGUGCUGACCCGGGCACCGCUCCCAACUUUGGCAACUUUAACUCAGUGGGACAUGAGUGUACCAAGAGCAACACUGAGGGCUUCCCCCACAGCAUAGUAGAACUACUUGAUGGAUUUAAAGCUUCAAAGACUUUGUUUACAGCAACAAAACUGGGUGUGUUUGAUGUUCUGAAAGACUCUGGUCUUACAGUGGAUGAAAUAGCUAAUCGAAUCCAUGCCUCGUUGCUUGGCACUGAAAGGUUACUGGAUGCUGCUGUAUCUCUAGGGCUACUACAUAAGCUCAAAUGUGAAGAGAAGUGUGUUUAUAGGAACACAGAGCAGGCCAGGCAGUUCCUGGUAUCAGACAGCCCCCUGUCUCUUCAUGCUUACAUCCUGCACUACAAUGAUGUGAUCUGGCCGCAAUUCACACAACUAGAGAGUGCUGUUAGAGAAGGCACAACUCAGCAUGAGAGGGCUCCCGGGAAGAAUUCUGAAAAUUUUCAAGGUGUCUAUUCAAAAAAAGGUGAACUGAUGAUGCACUUUAUGAAUGCCAUGCAUAGCAUUGCUAAUGUGACGGGAAGAGAUGUGGCCACAGCAUUCAAUCUGUCUCACUUCAGAACAGCCUGCGAUGUUGGAGGCUGUACUGGUGCCAUGGCAUACGAGUUCACCAAAGCUCAUCCUGAACUGUCUGUAAUUGUUUUUGACUUGCCAGCAGUUAUUGAAAUGAGAAGUCAUUUCCAAUCAAAAGAAAAGGAUAGCAGAGUGUCUUUUGUUGCGGGCGAUUUUCUUAAAGAUGACCUACCUAAAGCAGACCUCUAUAUCCUUGCACGAAUUCUCCAUGAUUUGUCUGAUGAGAAAUUACAUAAGCUGUUGAAUAAAUUGGGCAAAACAUGCAUGCCAGGCUGUGGGUUGCUGCUCUCUGAGAUUCUACUGGAUGAGGAGAGGACCAGGCCUAGUCGGGCACUGCUGCAGGCACUCAGCAUGACUGAAGGCAGGCAGAGGAGUGCCAUCGAGUACUGUAACCUAAUGAAGAAGCAUGGCUUCAGUCUCCUACAUACCCGAUACACAGACAACCUACUGGACGUCAUGCUUUUUGUAAAAGAUGGUCAAACUUAGCUAGUUUGCUCCUCUGGGUUGCUUGAGAAGCUUAAAAUGUAAAAAAAAAAAAAAAAAAAAUUAUUCUAUAUAGUGACAUUUAACUGUCUAGCAAUUGUAUUAAUUGUUAGUGAAAUGUUUCAAAUCUGUUUUAUGUACAUCUGUAAAUAAUUAUU